CAGACACAGACAGAGAGAGAGAGAGAGAGAGAGAGAGAGAACACCACAGCUGGAGUGAGUGAAGCGAGUGGCAGUGAGUCAGUUACUGGCUGGAAAAUGGCCGACGCGUUCGGACUGCAGGCGGAAGAGGACCCCGCGGCCGAGUUCCUCGCGCAGCAGCAGCACGAGAUCGCCGGCAUCGAGAAUGACGAGGACGGCUUCGGCUUCGAGUUCGAGGCGCGCGACCAACAAGCAGAAGCUGCACAAUCCCAACCGUCACAUUUCAGUUCGAACUCUUUCGAAGCAGAUGAGUUCAGAGGAGCAACUAUGAAUGGAGAAUUGUUUCAGUCCAACGAUAUAGCAGACGGUUACGCGGCUAUCGCCCAGGCUGAUGUGCAGCGGCAGGAGCCUGAAAGUUUACGCAAGUGGAGAGAGGAACAGAAGGCACGGCUGGAACAGUUAGAUUCAGCAUCCAAAGCAGCAGAAGUUGAGUGGAGGGAGAAGGCAAAGAAGGAGCUGGAGGACUGGCACGCUCACCAACAGGAGCAAAUGGAGAAGAAUAAAGUCAACAACAGGAUCGCUGAUAAGGCUUUCUACAAACAGCCCAACUCUGAUGUGAUAGGCUUUGUAGCGUCAGAGGACGCCUUUCUGAAGGAGUGCGACGACGACAGCCCCGGCACCGAGUGGGAGAAAGUGGCACGGCUAUGCGACUUCAACCCCAAGACGAGCCGCCAGACGAAGGACGUGUCCCGAAUGCGCUCCGUCCUCAUUUCCCUGAAACAGACGCCGCUGGCUCGCUAAGACCUCGUCUCACUCUGCCUCACGUCUCACCUUCUCUCCAUCUCCCUCUCCGUCCUUCUCGCACUUUAUUUUAGCACACGCUAAAUGUUUGGGUUUUCUUUCUGUCAUUUAAGGGGUAUGGUGAAUUGAAAUUUAAAAAAAAAAAAAAAUUUCUGUUACACAUAAUCUGUAUCAACUGACAGAAAAGCAUUUUCUGGAUUGUUUUUUUUUUUUUUGUCUGUUUUUAUGCCAGAAAAGGAGAAUUAUGCCUCUUGAGUAGGCUAGUUGAGGAUCAAGUGCAGGAGUGUGACCCUCAGACCACCUCAGAGCAAAAUUAAAAACACAGAUCAAACAGACACGAGACUCUGGGUGGACAAAAUGGCAGAAAUGAUCCUGCCACUGUACUUGAAGACAUGUUACGCAUCAAAAUUUUGAAGAAAGCUAACAUUAAACAGCAAAAGCAGUAUCAGAUGUUCAACAUUUACCAAAAGAAACUAUUUUAUAAGGAACAGAAAUCAAAAUUGUUGCAGGUUUAAUUUGAGUUGCUGUAUAUUGUUACUAUUUAUUAUUAUCCGGCUCUCUGUACUUCAGUUCUUCCCAAAUUGGUCCUCUGAGAUACCCAGAUGUUCCACUUUUAAACACAUUAAAUGCCACAACAUGGCGGCUAAUGACAACAGUUGGACAUCUACCGAAAAUGCUGGUCCAAAAUGUGCUGUUUUAGUAUUUUUGGUGUCUGAAAUGCACCACCAUAUCCCCAAGCAGUCCUGAAUACCCAUAAUGCACUGUGCUCUUUGGUUUGAUUCGCAUGCGCAUGAGAGAACCAGCAAGCUAAAAUGGUAGCAUCGAACUUCAGAUUUGCAGAUUAGUAAUGGGAAUUAUUAUUCUAUUUUUUUAGCGAGUCAGAUCAUUUGACUCUUAUUACAGUAGACGCUUUCAGCUCCCAAAUGGCUGAUUGGCAUUUUUUUCCUAAACUGAACAAAAGUUCGCUAUAUUUUGAUUGUUGAUUGUUCUUCUUUGCCUGAAAACUCUACCUUAAUUUUAUAAUUAACAGAAUAACAUUUACUUAGAAUUGGAUGUCAGAAAAAAUAGAUUUAAAUAGUUGUUAAAAUAAAUCAGCAAAGCACUACAAAUGUGAAUACGAGAAAGAUUCAUUUUAAUUCAUAUUCAGUCAUCUUCCCUUAUACUAUAACCACAUGGUCAAAUGUUGAAAAGAGGUUUCCAUGGAAAUGUUCUGAUUACAUAUGCAUAUUUUUUUAUUACAACGAUCACCGAUGAGUCGACUCGCUGACAAACGAAGCUUCACUGUUACAAAUGUAAGAAGCGGAUUUCUGUAACCACGUGUUCGGUCUACAGGCAGCGCCUUCACACUGCUGUGUUUCAGGUCAAAUAAUCGUACAUGUCAUAAAACGUUUAAUCGCAAAUUCUGUUCCCUACAGCAGUGUCCGAUACGAGUGAUAUCCUACAGUGUGGGAUUUGAGAUUCGUAUUAAUGCCUCAGAGAUGUCUUAGAUGAUGAGAGUUAUCAAAAAUGUGGACUGUCUGGGGAUCCAGUCACUAAAGACCAAUUUGGGAAACACGCUUUAAUUGGUCUAAAUAGCAGAAUGACAUAAUUGAAGGAGUAUUUGAAUAAUUUUAUAAUUAUGCUAACUUUGCUAAUAAUUUUAUCAUUGUGCUAACCCUACACUGAUUAACCUGAGAUUUGAAAACUCGCGGAUUAUUGUUACUCUUCAGAGAACGGCAAAAACGAGGGUAUUUUAAUUUUCCAUUCAAAGUAAAAUACAGCGUAUUCAUACUGUAGCUCAUAAUAUUGAUUAUUGCAUGUUUUGCUUAUUUCUGCUCAAGUUCAUGAAGGUUGGCAAUAAUUCUAGACUUCUAUCCAUUCUUGUUUUCCUAUUUCCAUCAAACCUGUUGUAUUGUAAGUUAAAUCCCAUUUCCCCCAAAUAUUUCUGGAAAACUAACAAAUAUUGAACAGUUAUAUUCAAGUAGGUUAUUUGUUCAGUGGAUUAUUUAUUGGUGGUCUUGUUUAUACCAUUCAGGCUCGCGUGUAUUGAUUAUAAAAUUUCAGAUUUGAGCUGUAGCAGGCUUUGCCUUAAUUAGUAUGUCAUCUCAUCCCAGUUCAGAUAUAAUCAGUUGAGCAUGUGUUGAAGUGUUACAGAUAUUUAUAUUUACCAUCAGUUACAUUUACUGUCUUACAGCUUUGAGGCCUUUUUCUCCAAGACAGAUUUCAAAACUGUUACUUGCCUUUCAGCGGACCAGCUCUGUUGUGCUGUGCGACAGAUUGUGGUUUUUACUGGCUGCCAAAGACUGUAUGUUCAUGCCUGACUACGCUAUAAAUGAAAAAAAUAAAAAAUAUAUAUAUUGGGAUGGUUUUCCAGACACAACUCAAUUCAGUUCUUUGGAUGUAGGAAAGACUCAUUAGGUUUGGUGUAUUUUGUCUGGAUGAUCAUCUCAGGUUUGUUUCACAUUAUUAGAGACACUUUUAGCAAACGGUAGGAGGUGGUAGAGGUUGAAGUGAAUUGUAAUGGAAUAGCUUCUGAAAUGUUUCCAAACUCGAUCGUAAUUGUGUGUAUGAAAACGCGGACACAAUUCUGACAUGCAGAACUCAAUAAAAUAAAAAUGUAAAAAACA